AUGGCGGCGCCCUCGCCCCCGCCGCGUCCCGUCACCCACCUCAUCUUUGACAUGGACGGCCUCCUUCUGGAUACCGAAAGGUUCUAUUCAGUUGUGUUUCAAGAAAUAUGUGGUCGCUAUGACAAGCAAUACUCCUGGGAUGUAAAAUCCCUCGUGAUGGGGAAGACAGCGUUAGAAGCCGCACAGGUGAUAACUGAAGUCUUGCAGCUUCCAAUGACCAAAGAGGAGCUGGUGGAAGAAAGCCUUGUGAAGUUAAAAGAGCUGUUCUCCACGGCUGCCCUGUUGCCAGGUGUCGAAAAACUGAUCGACCACCUACGAAAACACAACAUACCUUUUGCUCUUGCCACCAGCUCAGGGUCCGCAUCAUUUGAAAUGAAGACAAGCAGACACAAAGAGUUCUUCAGUUUGUUUCACCACAUCGUUUUGGGAGAUGAUCCGGAGGUGACGCAUGGCAAACCCGAUCCUGCCAUAUUUCUAACUUGUGCAAAGAGAUUUUCUCCUCCUGCUCCCGUGGAAAAGUGCCUUGUGUUUGAAGACUCCCCCAAUGGGGUGGAGGCGGCCGUGGCAGCUGGGAUGCAGGCGGUCAUGGUCCCCGAUGAGAACUUACCCCGAGACUUGACACGAAAGGCCACCGUCGUGCUCAGCUCCCUGCAGGACUUCCAGCCGCAGCUGUUCGGCUUGCCGGCCUAUGAGUGA